AUGUCAGCCAUCCCAAAAAACAUAUGGCAUUGGAAAAACGAGCUUCACUCAAAUUCAAGGUCACGUGGUACGUUGAUGGAUUACUAUUACGUGCUCAUUAAAGUUCGAUAUAACUUAUUAAGAAUACUUGUAAUAUAAGUAGUCUUUAAAACCUUGAAUUACUCAAAGUAAAUUGUCUCUGUGUUUUGUUGCUUUCUCAUCAUAGUAAUGAUGUAUUGGUUGUAAAUGUACUCCAAGUUCGGGCCACAAUACAGAUUUUGUUUUCCGUGCUUAGUUAAUAGCCUAAACGCCUUGACCGACGCGGCGAGACUAUAAAUUAUGGACGAAUCAAUCAAAUAUAAGAUAACAGGUCUCGGAUAUUGGGGGGCAAUUCGUUCAUCCAUUUGGGUAAAUAUAGUUUCGGCAUUAUAGCUGAUGUCAGUUCGUGAUGAAAACUCAAAAUCUAGUUUCUAGCCCUAAUCAUCAACUGUAAAUUAUAAUUCCAUUUCCUCAUGCAUGUCUAUAACCGUAAUUUGACACUAGUUGUUAAGUGGACACCCCCAAGGUCAGCCUAGCGUCGCUCAAAGGUCGUCUAUAAAUUAUAGUCUCGCCCAAAUCUCGAUACCUGAUUGUUUUGGGUGAUAAUAAAGAUAGUCUAGCCGAACGUCAUAUAAUCACUCAAUAGCUGCGACUGAAGUCAUGCUUUUUACUGAUUACAGUAGUAUGAGACUUUUCUAUCCGUAUUGUGCUGUUGCGCUUAUCGUUGUAGGGUAGGGGUGUGAUAUAAUAAAAAUGCAAUUUGACGGAAAAAUCGACUGAAGAGUAGGAACUAAGUGGGGCAUGACAACUCUCUUUCUGACUACAGAACUUAGUCACAUCCACCUGUUCUAUUCAUGGGUGUCUAAACAUUCCCGUUAACAAAAUCAUUGGCUGCUAAAACAAGUGCACUAUAGUCCAGCGCGUCAAACGAUUAGCAGUUCUGAGGGUUGGAGCACAUCCAUUGAGUCUACCAGUUAGUAUUGGGAACGAAUAUCUGAGAUGAGUCUAUAACUUAUGAACGACCUUUGGGCGAAGUCGAAGUGACCGUGAACAUGCUCACCUACUAACUAGGACUAAAUUAGUGCUAUAAACUAGUCAGAAUUAUGAUUUACAGUCUAUGGUUAGGGUUAGGAAUUAAGUUUAGGGUUUACAUCGCGAACUGACAUCAGCUAACAUGCCAAAACGCUAUUUGACCAAGUAGAUGAACUUCACACCAAAAUCUAUGAUUUGUUAUCUUAAAUCUUAUUGGUUCGUCCGUAAAUUAUAGUCCCACCUAAAUCACAUAAUGAAUCACAAAGAAGUAACAAACAGCAUGGGUCAGGAAAAACUCCCAACAAAACAAGGACAACCACAACCAUUAAGUUCGCAAAAAAGUUAAUCAUUUAUGUGUAUUUUUCCUGACCGGUACUAUACUCUGAUGACGCAUCCAUUUAGACAUGACUGUUGUACCAUUAUAACCCGCUCAUAAGUAUAGGUUACAUACAUUUUUUCUGUUGGUCACGUUCACACUGUGGUGUUUUAUGAGAGCUGACAGCCCGGACCGAUUUUGAAAGCAGUCUGAGUCCACUAGUACCAUGGAAUAAGAGGGUAAACUAGCUGAAAUUCAAACACCAGAUUACAUCAAUAACUACUCUUGCUGACGUUGUGUGCAGAUUAGUUGUUAACACAUUGCUCGCGUACCCAUGACAAACGACAGUUAUAUACCGUGGGCACUCGUUAACAACAGCACGUCAGCCUUAAAAGGUCUCGGUAGAAUGGCAAAUGUAAUCACUUGUUUCGCAUAGCUUGGUGUUGUCAAAUGUGACGUAAAAUAAAAGCAAGUGGUGAACACUUAUCUGAAAAGGGGCUUUAUAGGCUUUUUUUGCUUAAAUGUAUUUCCUAUUAGGCAUUAUUCCUUUCCACUUACUUAUUAUUCGCGUGACGCGUUUCUAAUGCCCUAUUAUGCCGGAAUUUAUGUGCUUUAAAUAAUUUUUCGUAUGAUGUAGUCACGUAUAAAAGUUUAUUUAGGUAUGAGUUUCCAGAAAGUCGGGGGAUUCGAAAUUUUUGGCUGGUCGGUUGCCGGAAACGAGACCUGUGUUGCUGUACGUAAGAAUGGUCAAGUAUUCGGUUUCGAUGUUGGAUUUUCACCUAGACCACUCGUUUUUGCCGAUCAUAUAUUUAUUAGUCAUGGACAUGCAGAUCAUAUUGGAGCUAUUGCUCAGCAUAUGAAAAAGAGAGCCUUAAAUAGUCUAGGAACAGCGACGUAUUUCAUGCCAAAGCAUCUGGUCCCACAUGUGAAGACUAUUUGCGAUGCUUUCACUGCUAUGUCUGAAAAAGUUGACUCAGACUUUGUUGGUACUUUUGUUCCCGUUGAACCAGGAAAUAAAUAUGAGUUAUCGAAUAAUUGGCAUGUUGUUGUUUUUUCAACUGAUCACUCGAUUACUAGUGUGGGUUAUUUACUUUAUUCUCGAGAUCCUACUGGCAAAGAAGUUCCGGAAAUAGCUUAUUUAGGUGAUUCUAGAUUUACUGUUAUUCGUGAAGCGAAUUCAAUCUGCCCAGAUCUUUUAUCAUCUCGCUUAUUGAUAAUGGAAGCAACAUAUCUAGAUAGUCCAGAUCGUAAGAUUGAAAGCGCUAGAAGUCAUGGUCAUACUCAUUUGGAUGAAAUUCGUCAGAAUGCUUCUUUGCUAAAGUCUGUUGAUUAUAUCUAUCUGAUACACUUCUCAGAUCGUUAUGGUCAUAAUGAUAUCAUCCGUCUUUGUCACAAAGAUAUGCCUGAUUGGUUAGUCAAUCGUAUUAUACCAUCUGUAACUGCUAAACAUUGUCUUGAAAGUAGAUGAUACUUAUAUUGAUAUUUCUUUUCUAUAAAUUUUUGUAAAUUUUAUGUAGUUUGUAUAAUUUACCGAUAAAAUAAAGAGAAAAGUUUUGAUUGUUUUAAGUCUUUUUUUGGUUCUGAUUAUUGAGCUAAAUGUAUUGAUAAAUUCACAUCAUUAUAAACGAAUAAUUUAGUUGGUGAAUUAUCUUCUCACAAUAGGACGAAACUGUUGUCCAGUGCUUCCAGGUUUUCCAUGAUGAUCUAGCUUCAAUUGACUCAUGGUGUCAACUAUUGAAAUUACUACAAUCUUCACAAAACCUCUUCUGAUACGAAUUAUAUUCCUUUAGUUGGAAGUUCUUGUUUUAAAACUUUCUACUAUUUAAUGUGUGGCGUCGCGUCCCGUGACCCCCAUUGUGAGAUGUGAUCAAUAACCGUACACCUAAGGCUAGCGCCCAUCCAACCAGGUCAUCUGCUCAGCACCACACACAGUUGCAGGGCCAUGUGCAGUACUCCUCCGCAGUUAUGACAUGGAGACUGGGUGGGAAGCCCCGCACUUGGCGGACAACACUCUCUGUCCAGUGCCCAGGAAGUUCUCCCAGAAUCAGCGAGUGAUUGUUUGUUUUUGACGCACUCUUCAACGAACUCCGAAAUAACCACCGGUCAGCGACUGUUUAAUGGUUACUAACUUUAAGUAAGUAGAUUUUUAUCACAAUCGGGAUUUGUGGAGAUUGUAGUAGUUUUAAUGGUUGGAUUUAUAAGUCAAUCUUAGCUAGACUACCAUUAAAAACCUGGGUUCGAGUCCCACGUUCAGCUUAUAUUGGCUUAUGAAUUCAACUAUUAAGAUGGGUUU